AUGUAAUACCAACUAAUGAAGUAAGACGUCAAGUGAUACCUCCAACUGGUAACAGUCUUGUAAGCAUGCUAUUGUUUCAACCUAUUGAUACUGGUCUUAAUAAUGAUGGAGGAACAUAUACCUGUCAAAUGAUCAUCAAUUCUGGUAACUCAUUAAUAGCUUCAAGUCAACCUACUGAUACUACCCUUGAUGUUACUGUUGAAAGUCUUCCUCCAAUGACAGUAGAUUUCUCAUCAGUUGGUUCCGUUGAAGUUGGUCAGAGUCUAACUAUAACAUGUACCAUAACAACAGUUGAGAGAUUAGUAGUAACACCAUUGAUUACUUUCAUUAAAAUGAAUGAUACAGACAUGGAAAUGCUCUCUAACUUAAAUAGACCAUACAGUAUCACAAGAGAUGAUACUGGUUCAGUUACUAACUAUACUCUAAUACUGGAUCCAGUGAGGUUUGAAGAUGCUGGAAUGUAUACAUGUAUGGCUGAGUUUAAUGUAACUGGUUUUAAUAAUACUAAUGAUCCUAGCACUGCUACUUAUGAUUAUCGAGAGGAUAGUGAUACCUUUAAUUUAACUGUUGACUUUCCACCAGUGAUUGUUACUAUAUCAAAGGAACAUGAUGAUACAUUAUAUGCUGGGACACCAUUCUUCAUUAAAUGUGACAUAAUGUUAGAUCCAUUAGUUACUAUACCAGUGACUAUCAUUACUCAAUGGACACGUGAUGGUACUAAUGUUCCUAUGGGUUCAUCUGAUGCUACUAUUACUGAGAGUCUCAAUAUGAUCAAUACAUUAUAUUAUAAUGCAACAUUAAUGUUCUAUCCAUUGGAUAAUGCUAAUGACACUGGAAUGCAUACUUGUAAUGUUGAAGUGACUGCUCCUAAUAGUUACACAUACCUCAGGAAUACAUCAGCUAGUGCUACUUCUCCAGUGCCAGUAGUAGAGAUAGUGUCUAUGGGUAUUGCUGAACCUGGUGAAGAAUACAUGUUAAAUUGUAUAGUGACAGUUGUUGAUAGACUCAUAGUCUCACCAGUAAUAACAUGGACUAAGAGAUCAGCUAACAAUGUUAUUAGUGUACCUUCAGUUCUUAUGAAUAUAUCUAAUGUAAUGAGUUCUCUUUAUUUGAACUUCUCUUCUCUCAAUACUUCUGAUGCUGGUCUGUAUACUUGUGAAGCAUCCAUUAAUGUCAGUCAGAUAUCCAUGGUAGCAAGGAAUAAUGACACAUCAAACCUACCAUUAGGAAUUUCCAUUCCAUCUGUUGAUGUGAGUCAAUCAAGAAAGAAUUAUUUCUUAGCCGGCAGUAACCUGAUACUAACAUGUGAUAUCAGUGUUGAUUCUAAUGUUGAUACACCAUUCACUGUUAAUGUAACCUGGAACAUGACUGAUCAACAGAUCAUGAGUAAUAGUAAUUUCGAAGAUGCUAGUGACUUUAAUUCAAUGAUGCUUGCUGAUACAGAUCGUGUUAAUAUCAGCUCUGUUAUCAUGAGAUCAGGUUUCAAUAAGUAUAGAUCAAUUGUAAAUUUCACUACAUUGAGCAGUAAUGAGGAUUCAGGAACAUAUACAUGUAUUGUUACUAUAGUACCAGCUCCAGCUUAUGAAUAUGUUAUGACUUCUGAUACUAAUGAUAUGAAUGUUAACUUCACUGUUACUGGUAAGUAUGUUAUAAUCAGGGUUUCCCACAAAGCAUGUUAUAAGUAA